ACACGUUUUUGAUUUUUCCGCGAUUUCUCCGCGAUUUUCUUUGCGAAAAAGCGGGUGAUGGCACCUGUUUUAGUUAAAUAAUAUAUUCACCGGCCGACUUAAACGUAUCUGAUAGUGAACGAAAUGGCAUUUGUACUCCGGUUUGCUAAAACCAUUCGGAACAACUGGAAAAAGUCGACGGUGUUCGGCAGUGCCGUGGCGUACGGUGUUUCCUAUUCCAAAGAGAAAUAUGACAUCAAACAGUUAAUGCGCUACUACUGCACGGAGGCAUCACGGUAUGGAGAUGUAAAGAUUGCACAAAAUCAAAGGCCUCCCAAAGUGCUUGUCCUCCUUAAUCCCGCUGCGAAUCGUAAAGAUUCAGAAGAAGACUUCCAAAACUACUGCGAACCAAUUCUGCAUUUGGCCGGUUUCGAGGUGGACAUUGUGAAGACCGACUCGGAAGGCCAUGCGCGUCGCUACGUCGAGGAGCUAGUAACGCUUCCCGAUGCACUCAUAGUAGGCGGUGGUGAUGGCACCCUCUCGGAGGCCGUAUCCGGCAUGAAACGACGACCAGAUGGUGCCCAGUGUCCGAUCGGUGUGCUACCGCUCGGUCGAACAAACACCCUGGCCCGGAAACUGUUUGCUGCCGAAGGUGCGAAGCAUUCCGAUCUGGAGAACGUUCGCACGAUGGCCAACGCAGCGUAUGCGGUGAUCGCUGGCAAGAAGGAAAAGAAAGAUGUGAUGCGCAUCGAGGUGCUCCCGAGUGUGGCCGAUGAGACACCACCGGAGAAACCGGUGUACGCCCUGGGGACACUGCAGUGGGGAGCUUUCCGGGACAUACUGGCCCUGAGGGAUAAGUACUGGUACACGGCCUCGUUGCGCGAUUACACGGCGUUCCUGUUCAAUGCGUUCGAUGGUGGCCACACGUGGAACUGUAAGGCACGACUGGCCUACACGGAACCUUGCAGUGGGUGUAGUAAUUGCUACCGGGACCUCGAUGACCAGUGGACGGUGAAGAAGCAGCAGGAACAGCAACCUCGGCGCUGGUGGUCAAUGUUUGUGCCACGCUCCAAGACACCACCGAAGACGGAUUAUACGAAGAUUGUGAAUGAAAAGUGUUCGGUGCGGCACGAGAUCGAUAUCGAUCCAUCGGAGUUAGUGAUCAAGACACAGAAUGUGGAUGACACCGGGGAAGAAGCCGCGGAACAGCAGCAGGAAUCGAAGCUACAGUUGGUCGUUGCUGCACCGGUUGAUUCUGGCUUUGGCUUUAUCAGUGAAAGCUGGAGCCGAUUAAGACAACGUAAAUACUUUGAAUGUCCGUCGGCCCCGGAGAGUGCGAUCAGUGCCAGAACGAUCGAGUUACUUCCGGAAAGGCUGAAAGUGGAAGAAACUGAUCCCGAUCUGUACUAUUCGAUCGACAACGAAGCGUACGAGGUGCGUCCGGUGCGAGUGACGCUCGUUCCGAAAGCGAUCGAAGUGUUCACGUUCUAGGGAGUGCGCUCUUUGGUUAGCCAAUAAAGUGAUCCUCGUUCACAUUAA